CCUUUCUUUUUUUUUCCUUUUCUAUUUCAUUUAAUUUUUCCCUCUCCCAAAUCCUCGGCGACUUUUUCGUACAAACCAACGAUCGGAGAUUUCGCAGCCGCCGAUUUGACCGCCCGCCGGCGCGAAUACUCGCUGGAGAUCUCACUUGGAUUUUAUAUCUCUUUGGGUCGUAACAGGUUAAUUUUAUCCUUCUAUGGGGAGGAAGCAGUAAAGAAAUUUAUCCUGGGUGCCCCGAUGUGCAGAACUGAUGUUAUUGGCUGUAGAAGGUGGAGGUUUCUUUUCUUCUUCAGCUUCUGGUUAUAGCAAGGGCCUGGCCCUCCUUCUCUUGGGUCAGAAGAAUGAAGAUAAACCCAUGAGAGUUUCGCCUUGGAAUCAGUACCAGUUGGUGGACCAAGAAUCUGAUCCUAACCUCCAGCUGGCUUCCACGAAGAACUGGCUUUCCCGCGGGUGCGCUUCCUUCGUCUGCUUUGGUCGCGCUUCCCCAGGGCUUGACACCCCCUCGCCUCUUAAAGUGGGCCCUGCCCAACAUCAAGAUGUCUUGCCAGAGCCUCUUACUUCUGAUAAUGGCAAGGAUUGUACCACUGAUCCAGAUUAUGACAAUAAUGCAAGAAAGGUAGCUAUUAGAAGUAGCUUGAAGAAGCCAUUAUCAGACAAACCCCCUGUUUCUGUUGAGAACACUAGUGAACGCGAAGCAUUGGGUGAAAAAGGUAGUGAUAUCCCUGGUCAUACUGAAAGGAGGAAAGUGCAGUGGACAGAUGCCUGUGGGAGUGAGCUCGUUGAGAUCAGGGAAUUUGAGCCCAGUGAAGUGGAUGGAUCAGAUGACGAAUUUGACAACGGGAAUGAAAGAAAUUGUUCAUGCGCAAUCAUGUAGUGUGGCUCUUACCCUAUGUGGGCUCAGCUUGUUUGUUUCCUUCUUUUGCUCAACUUAGUCCCGGGCUAAAGAAAAUGCAGGUUUUUUGAGCCGCAUGGAAAACAGUCACAAAGCAAGGAGUUUUAUCUGUGGUUAGUCCGACUGUUAAUUUUGUGUCUAUAUUAGAUUGCUGCUGGUUUUAAUUUUGGCAACUCUUGGCUUCACUUCAUUUUGUGUGACUUCAUUGUCUAUUGUUUUAUUCUAAUUAAUGUAUUAUUCUUUUUUUCCC